AUGUUCCCUUUUUGCCUCUUUCCCUCCGCUGCGAACGUUUCGUUCGCUCAGAGAAGGCGUCCAUUUUCAGUCCAUUUCGAACCAGCUGGUUGGGGGGCAGCUAUGGAAGAUCUGCAUUCAUUGUUAGACAUGCGUGGGGGGCCGUCGAUUUUCGUUUGGGAGGUGGGCUGCAAAUCCAGCCGUACUUUUAGUCUUCGUCUCACAGAUUUGUGGUCGGGAGAUUUCUCAUCGUUUCUAUAG